AUGCAGUCAAAUACUUUUGAUUCUUCACUGGAGGUGAUCAGUGCUGAAGAGCAAACAACAUUGAGUUCUAAGCUUGCAUCAUUUGUGCAAAAAACAGCUGAAGAUGCUUCGUUUACUGCUUCUCAAAUAUCUUAUGUUCAGGAGACGGAUGUAACGCAAAGUGACAGAUACGAUGUUACGAAAAAAAUACUUUCACGUAUGAUUAAAAAUCUACGAGCUAAGCUCUUGAAAAAAGAAAAUUCUCGAAUAAUUUUGAUGCGACGAGGUGAAACGGUUUCUGAAGUUGUUGCUCAAUUGGCUGGAGAUGCUCUCACCGAUGAGAAGCGUUACUCACCAUAUGAUUCAAGUGUGCCAGAUACAUUAGGAAAUCAUGAACGACGUGAACAUGUAAUGGUCAAUCCACCACUAAACAAGAGUACUCGUUUUGCAAUAAAAUUUGGUUCUUCUGAGGUACAAAAUUCAGCGAUAAUGCUGUUUUGUGGACCAGAGAAGGCUGUCAUACAGACUGCUCAGCAGGUUAUAAAUGGUUCUAAUACCGGCAUAGCUUGGAAAAUCGAGCCUGGACUUGCUCGCUAUUUCGAACCAAACGAGCUAAAACCAACGUUUGAUAUUAGACUCGGGCAGGAAACUGUCUACAGUAUUGAAACUAUCAAUAAGAUUAUUGGCAAAGAAACAACUGAUGACUUUCACAAACGAAUUGAAGAGGUUGUGAAGCAGCUUAAAUUCUCACCUAAAGCAAGCACCAUGAUCAUUGCUGAGCAUUGUGUUCUUGACUCUAUCAUGCAGACAUUUGUCCGCAACGGCAAAAAGCUAACUCAGAAACAGGCAAGAACCUGUUUACGAGCAUCACUGCCCAAACGCAUCCCUCCACUCUCUUUGAUGCACUUCGAUAUUGACCCAAAUGGAAAAUGGAAACCAAGUUGUGCAUCACUUCCAAGCUUGUUGCGUGAAAAGCCUGAGAAGUUAACUGCGCCUGACAUUAAUUACCUUACCCGACCAACAUAUGGUUUCUAG